UUGGAAUGAAGGAAGGCAACCCUGGGGUUCAAGGGAGCUUCCAAGAUGGCUGCAGUUUCGUUGAAAUAAAUGUGUGUGUGUUCCCAACAGAAUCGGCCGUAAUCAGUCUCAAUACUCGAACUACUAUACGUUACAAUGGCGACGAGGAUGCGUCUGAACUUCGCGAAGGCUGCCAAGCAACGAUUUUAAGCAGAACGAAGAUACCAACACACAUUGUCGAAGUUUCUACUUUGCGGUAUGGCGCACAACAUGCUUCCAUCGUUCCCUUUCUUCGACGCGCGUGCCACUGACGCCAACAACGUCGGCACCGAGUGGUUGAAGUGGGUGAAACGGUUCGAAAACUUCAUCGUAGCCUGCGGUAUCACAGCUGAUGCCCGGAAGACGGCCAUACUACUACACUACGUGGGGGAAGAAGUGUAUGACAUAUACUGUGCACUACCCGAUCCUACCGCAGCCGCAGCUGCGUCUACCAUUUCGAGCACCGGUGGCUCCAGUAACGCAACCCCUCUCUACACCGCAGCACGUAGGAAGCUCGAUGACUAUUUCGCACCCCGAGUAAACACUACCUUCGAGGUUUACCGCUUCCGUCAAGCCAAGCAAAUGGAAAACGAGUCGCUCGACGCGUUUUACGCCAGGCUACGACAGCUUGUUAGGCACUGUGCUUUCGCCGAUGACGACACCGAAAUCAAGAAUCAAAUAUUGCUGUCUACAACGUCGACACGUCUACGCCGGUAUGCCAUGCAGCAUGACCUCGACUUGCAAGGAAUUCUCAAACAAGGCAGGUUAUUUGAAGAGGUCGAGCACGACAUCUCAGUGAUUGAGCAAGAAAGCCGGCAGUGUAGGGAAAACUCGGCGUCAGCGUCUACACUUGCAGUAAACUCCGAGCGCACCUCGCGACCUCAUCAGCCGAAGCACCAUGGGAAAGAGCCGUCAUGGACUCGUGAGCCUCCGCGCCAUCAACGGGCAAACGCGACAUGCUAG